AUGACCACUUCUGAAGAUAAAUUCGAGUCGGUGCUCUCCACUCGUUACUGUAAAAACAGUCCGCUCGUCUCGAUUCUGUCGGAGACGAAUAAGGCGACACUAUGGCGUCAAUUAUGGAUUUGGUUGGCUGAGGCGGAGAAAGAGCUCGGAUUGAAACAAGUGACUCAAGAGGCGAUUGAUCAGAUGAAGACUGAAAUCAAUCAUUUCGAUUGGCCAUUUAUUCGAUCGGAGGAGAGAAAAUUGAAGCACGAUGUGAUGGCUCAUAACCAUGCGUUUGGAAAGAUUUGUCCACUUGCCGCUGGAAUUAUUCAUUUGGGAGCGACGUCUUGCUUUGUCCAAGAUAAUGCUGAUUUGAUCGCUUUCCGAGACUCGAUUGAUCAUAUUUUGAAGCGCUUCGCCACCGUCAUCGAUCGUCUCGCCACAUUCUCCCUAACCAACAAGGAAGUGGUGACCGUCGGCCGAACUCACUAUCAAACCGCGUCUCUGGUUACUGUAGGCAAACGAGGCGUCCUUUGGGCUCAGGAAUUGCUCAUGGCAUUCCAGUCGUUGGCUCAAUUCCGAGAUCAAAUGAGAUUCAGGGGAAUCAAGGGCGCCACGGGAACCCAAGAUUCAUUUUUGACACUUUUCGGUGGGGAUGAGUCGAAAGUGGAAGCGUUAGACGAGUUGGUCACCAAAAAAGCGGAUUUUAAACACCGAUUUUUGAUCACGGGGCAGACAUACUCACGCCAACAGGAUGCUCAAUUGGUAUUCACGUUAUCCCUACUGGGCGCCGCCGCCAAGAAAGUUUGUACGGAUAUCCGUGUGCUCCAAGCGUUCGGUGAGCUCCUCGAGCCAUUCGAAAAAGAUCAAAUCGGCUCGUCGGCGAUGCCUUAUAAGAAGAAUCCGAUGAAGAGUGAACGGUGCUGCUCACUGGCUCGAAAACUCAUCAACGCACCGCAGGAGGCGUUGACGAUUCUCGCGGAUCAGGGCUUGGAGAGGACAUUGGAUGAUUCGGCGGGCAGACGGAUGUUGAUUCCCGAUGUGCUUCUGACGGCCGAGGCGUUGUUGACUACGCUUCAGAACAUCUUCGAAGGACUCACCGUCCAAACUGAAAAUGUGAAGAAAAUUGUCGAUGAUGAGAUUGCUUUCUUGGGAUUAGAGAAGGCGAUGAUGAUGUUGACAGAGGAAGGAGUCGACAGGCAACAGGCUCACGCUGUUAUUCGGAAGACUGCGUUGGAGGCGAAACAGCUUCAGGCAACACAGAAAGUCGAUAUUCGACAGACGAUGGCUGAUCCGUUCUUUGAUUCGGUCCGUGACCGUGUCGUAGGCCUCGUCUCUAAUCCCAUCAAUUUCACCGGUCGUUGCGUCUCUCAAACUGUCAAUUUCAUCGACAACGAGCUGAAACCGACGAUCGCCAAAUAUCUGGAUCAAUCGGCUGGAAAUGUUCAAUUGGAUGUUUAA